UUCCUUUUUAGAAAAGUUGACUGGACACAAGAGAUUUCUGGGAUCUUAUAAACAUUCAGUACGAUGACAAAUGUGCUGAUGGCUGGGGAGAAACUGCUGGAACUGUGGGCAAGAAGAGACAGAGAAAAAGACACAUGUGAGGAUCAAGAAAGGGGAACUCAACAACAUAAAAAAAUAUCUCAUUCCAUUGAGGAAAUUCUCAGAAGGCCAACAUGUGUCAGAAAAGAAGGUAGUGGGCAUCGAAACUGGUCUGUCAUAAAAGAAAACACACAAGUUCCCAACAGCCACUCGUGUUCAGAAGAAAAUCCACAAAUUAGACUUACUGAAGAGUCUAAAAAGUCCACCACACACAAUCAGAGGAAGAAGAGGCAAACCAGGGUCACUUUCACACCACUUCAGGUGCAGGAGCUGGAGGCAGUUUUCCAGCAGACUCACUACCCAGAUGUCAACACCAGAGACGAGUUAGCCUCCCGCCUGCAGCUCACUGAGGGCCGAAUACAGAUCUGGUUUCAGAAUCGCAGAGCUAAAUGGAGAAAGACUGAAACACUGAAGGAAAUUGAGCAGAUGACCAGUCAGCGUUUACAUUCAACCAAUCACCAUCUGCUUUAUUACCAGGCCGUUUGCUGGCUGCCGUGCUGCUCACCUCAUCCUCUUCCCUCAAGGCUCUGCUACAGAUCCACAGAUGCUCCGGCUCUGCUGACCACCACACAUUCCUCCGGCCACAGGACGCUCUGCUUCCACACACAGAGGACAGAACGAUAGCCCCUCAUCGUCUGACAGGACUGACAGAUGUCUUGAAGUCUUUUUUUUAUCAAAUGUGACAGAAAUAAUUUCAAUGAGUGUCUAAAGGUGUUAAGCAGUGAAGCAGAUUAUAAUCUGUGUCUGAUUUUCAAAAACAUGUUACAUUUCCAGUUUGAGAUAAAGCUGCAUGUCAGCAACUUUGGCUUUUUCUUCAUUUAACAGUGAAGUUGGCAUUCAAAAGAAAUUUCCCUGCUUUGAAAUAAGGGACCAUAUGAUGGCGUAUUUGCACUAAUUAAGAUUUGAGAGCAUUUAGUGACGCCAGAUAAGUCUUGGUGGGCCGCUGUCAGUGCAGCGUUGUUGUGCAGGAGAGCAUUUUGUUGCGUCUUCAUGACACCACACUUCUUAGAGAUAAGAUACAAUGCUGCCAUGAACUGUUCACCUGUGUGACUUUCUGACAACCUCUUCUUAUCUUAAUUUGGGUUUGUAAACUGAGGUUAUUUGCAGGUCAGCAUGGUGAUUUGUAGAACUUGUUAAUCAGUUCAAAGGGAAAAUAUCAACUACAGCCAUGAGGGUGUGGAAACUUUUGAGUUGUUGUAAAUUAAAUUCACAGAACAAUAAACACUGUGCCUGUUAAUGUUUUAAUAUUUUGGUGCUUGUCCUCUACAAAAGGAGGGGCACAGUUCUCUACUCGAAGCAGAAUUUACAACUUUUCCGUUUCUUCUUUGACUUUUCUCAUUUCAGUCUCCCUUCCUGGGACAGCUGUGUGAACAGCUCAAGCUUUUGUUCUCUGAGAAGUGUUACGUAAGCCAAUUUUUAAAUAAGUACCUAUUCUGAGAAAGAUAACACAACACCACCUUCAAUAUCAAUUCAGUAACUGAUUUGACUGAACCAUAACUGAUUAGAGGGCUCUGAGAACGGCUCAACUUUUCACCCCAGUCAUUUCUUCCUUUAUUGCCUGUGUGAUAUGUUUUAUUGCUGCAUGGGCGGGGUUAAACAAAACAAAAAUAGCUGGUGGGGAGCAACAAAAAGCCUGACUACACUAAUAAAUCGAUCAUUUUAUCAGAAUAUGAGGUUUGUUUGGUGUUAGGUGUUCGGUUUAGGACAUUUCACAAAAUAUAUUCUGAUGACUUCAAAUACAGACCAUUUCUAAAAUUUAACAUGAGUUCAGAUUUUUUAACUGUGACACUGAAAUAACUUUGUGACAUCCGAGUUAAUGAGAUCCAGAAAUACUUGGAUUUGACAUACGUCAUAUCACCCAAGGUUCAACUUAUUUUUUAUACAAUUUAGAAGUAUUAUUGGCCAAAAAACAGAACAGAUAAUAAACUUAAAGAGUUUAACUCCCUCUGUUGAACAAUCUACUACAAUCUAAAUAUAUGGGACUUAAAUAAUAGAAGACGAAGGUAUAUGAUUUAAUGCAGCAACAUCCUUUAUCACAGUUAUGCUACUAUAUCGAUAAAUCAUUAUUGUUCCUGCAGGAUUUUCAACGUUUUUGUACCUGACAUUCAUUAAACGACUGUUAGAUUGAAAUGUUCCACAUUUACAGGGUAGCAGAGUCAUCAAAGUAGUCAGUGCAUGUUUCCCUUUAAGUGUACUUGCAUAAAU